AUGAGGACCGGAUUUUUGUUAGCCAUCGUGGUGGCGGUGGCCUUGGCCGAUUCAUUCACUCAUCAGCUGACAUGGCGCGAGAGCAAGAUGAAGCGCAUGAUGCGAAGCGGAGAAUGGGCCGCCUACCGCGCCCACAAGGAGCAGAUCCGCGCCCUCAAGCCCAGCAACCUUGGAAAUCUGCCCCAGAAUGUCCUUGACUACGAUGACCUCGAGUACGUCGGAAACAUCACUAUCGGAACCCCCAGCCAGGGCUUCAUCGUCGUCCUCGACACUGGAUCAUCGAACCUCUGGGUGCCAGCCAAGAACUGCGACUCCUCGUGCAAGGGCAAAAACCUCUUCGACGGAUCGGCUUCGUCGACCUUCCAGGAUCUGAAGAAGAAGUGGUCCAUCCAAUACGGCUCUGGAGACGCCAAGGGAACCCUUGCCGUCGAUCUUGUUCAGUUCGGCGCUGCUGGAGACAAGCAAUUGGCGGUUCCCCAGACCACUUUCGGCCAGGCCACCCACAUCUCUGAUGAUUUCGCCCAGGACCCGACCGACGGAAUCCUUGGACUUGCCUUCCAAUCCCUGGCUGUUGACAACGUCAAGCCGGUGCUGUUCAACGCUAUUGAUCAAGGUCUGCUGGACGCCCCGCUGUUCACCGUCUGGCUGGAGCAUAUGGGAGCCGCUGAGGGAGCCCCAGGUGGUGUCUUCACCUAUGGAGCUAUUGAUACCACCAACUGCGGAGCUGUCAUCGCCUAUCAGCCUCUGUCUUCGGCUACUUACUUCCAGUUCCAGGUCACCAGCUUCAAGCUGGGAUCGUACAGCAAGGUCCACAACUACGACGUGAUCUCCGACACUGGUACCUCUUUCCUCGGUGGCCCCAGCUCGGUCGUCCACGGCCUCGGCAAGGCCCUCGGCGCCAAGUACGACAACAGCGAAGGUGUCUACUACGUUGACUGCAACGCCAACGUCGGAACUUUGGACAUUGGCAUCGGUGGCAAGACCUACUCCAUUGACCCGGUCAACUACAUUGUCCCCGAUGGGCAAGGAAAGUGCUACUUCGCUGCCUUCCCCUUCGACUUCGGUGGCUUCGGCCCAUCGUGGAUCCUUGGAGACCCCUUCAUCCGACAGUACUGCAACAUCUACGACCUCGGCAACAAGCGCAUGGGCUUUGCCCCCUCAAACCAGAAAUCG